UGUGUGCAGGCCACGUUUGUCAUGAUGAAAGUUUUUGCAUGGUUUCUACUUCUGAUGUUUUGUGUUUCCACUGAUGGACUACAAUGUUUUAACUGUCAACAAGCCGGCGAUGUCAAAGAUUGCAACACCGUCGAAAACUGCACUGAACACCAGUCAUGUCUUCUACAAGUAACGCCCUCGACUAACGGACAUCUGUACACGAUGUCUUGUGCCGAUAACCAGCGAUGCGCUGGGCCAAGUGGUGGAUCUUUAUUUGUGGGGAGAUCAGCAGAACAAGCUUCCAAGAGGCAGACAGAUCAUUGCCAGGAAUGCUGUUCGAAUGAUUUAUGCAACCAAGGACUUUGCAACCACACAAAACAUGGUGGUUGGUCUUCGUGGCAAAGUUGGACGCCAUGUUCUGUCACAUGUGAAGGUGGACUGGGGAUGAAGCACAGAUCCUGUUCAGACCCUAUGCCGUCCCUCAUUGGGAAAUACUGUGAGGGCAUCUCCGAAAUGUUUGAGAUCUGCAACAACGUCCCUUGUCAAGGUAUCACCUAA